UUUUACUCUGCUUUCUCUGUUUUGGGGUUUGUUUUUUUUUCUUGUUAGAAUUGUAAUGUUGCUGUCUUUUGUUUAUUGGGUUGAGAAAAUGUGGGAAUUUUGUUGUUGCAUUGCUUGUGAAUUGAGUUUUUGGGUUAUGGGUUUGUUGUUUCUGCGAGUUUGAUUUUGUUGAAAUUGUGGGGUUGUUAAGAGUUUGUGGGAUUUUCUGUUCUGUGUUGAUGCAUUUUCAAUGAGGGGUGGUUCCGUUUGUUUCUGCUUUCAAAAUGCUCUGUUUUUCUUCUUAGAAUUGUAAAUUUUGAUGUCUUUUGUUCAUUGGAUUGAGAAAUAAUGGGAAUUUCUUGUUGCAUUGUUUGCAAAUUGAGUUUUUGGGUUGUGGGUUUGUUGUUUCUGAUUUUGUUAAGAUUGCAGAUUUCUGUUCUGUGUUGACGCUUUUUCAUCGAGGGGUUCCCCUUUUUUGAGGUUGGGAAAUCAGGGGUUUCUUUGUUUCUUCUUCUUUUUCGUUCUUCGAAUUCGCCAAUUUGCUGGUGUUUUGUGUGAAUGUUGUUCUAUGGUGAAGUAUUUCCAUGGAGAGUGGAGUGAAGUUUUCAGCAGAAGAGGAAAGGACUGUAAUUGAACUUCAGGCACAAUUUGGUAACAAAUGGGCACGAAUUGCUACGUAUAUGCCUGGAAGAACUGAUAAUGAUGUCAAGAAUUUUUGGAGUAGCCGGCAAAAGAGAUUGGCUAAGAUUCUACGAAACUCAGUGCCACAGCCUAGUAAACCACAAAAGAAUAUCAGCAAAGAAGCCCCUGAACUCCUUAAAGUUUCAUCAGUAGAGGAACCUAAACUGAACUCAUCUGCAGAUGAAAGAGCUUUGGUCGUGUCCCAGCAUUGCUCAUCAUCCUAUACGAAUAACUUUGACACAAUCAACAUGGUCCCAUUGCCAGAGCUAGUGAACUCAACUUCACUUCCUUUUGAUCAAGAACUGCCUCCACUUGAGUUCACUCCCAGUGAGAAGAGAAUUUGCAUCUGGCCGCAGUUCCCGCUCCCUUUUCCUCACAUUCCAGUCCAAACCAACUUUGGUCAACCACUUGAACAUCAAGAAUUACCCAUGAAACUUGAGGAUAAUGACUUCUUAGAUUAUUUUGGGCAGCUCAGUGCUUCCGACAUAGGAGGAAAUGUGCAAGUCCCUCUUGCUCCUUCGUGUUCAUCAGGACAAGAUCAGAGAAGCUCUGAGAUUGGUGUAAAGAGAGAAAUGGCUGAGAUUGGUGUGAAGAGAGAAAUGGAGUACCCCCUUACCCCAGAUAGCUUCAUCGAUGACUUCCCCUUGGACAUGUUCGAUUAUAUUGAUCCACUGCAAAGCCCAUCUGGUUGGUGAUUAGUCAUUUUCAGAUAGGAAGAAAGGAAAUUGUUACAGAUAUGUAGUGAUCUAUGCACAAUAUGAUUGUCAUAGUAACUUUUCUUUGUAUGAGACAAUUUGACCUAGUGCCUAACUGUUUCUAACAGCUUUUCAUCUACUA